AUGGCGACAAUUGAAGAAAUUGACAGUGGAAUGGAGUCAUUGAGAGGAGACAGCAAGUCUGUUUCGCCUGAACUUCCCCCUGGAGCAAAAUGGGCUCACGAAGCUGACGAUCUCGAUGACGAAGACCUGGAUGAAACACUGACCGAACGGCUCGUAGGACUUUCUGAAAUGUUUCCGGAAAGUGUUCGAACGGGGAGCGUGAAACUCGCUUCCUGGUCUGCGCAAGCUGUCAAGAGCCUAUACGGGUUCAGUCGCAACGCUGUUUGGGUCGUCUUUAGUUCUUCCAUAAUCCUCUUCGCCCCCGUGGUUUUCGAAAUUGAACGAGCAAAAGUGAUUGAAAGUCAACGACAACAUCAAAGACAGGUUUGUAUGAUCUGGUUUUACUUGGACCCGGUGCCGCAAUGGGAGGAUCUUCUCCACCAGGAACGGGCAUGCCGAUGGGGAUGGGUGUUCCACCACCGGUUCGAUGAGAUAGUGUUAUAUGUGCCAAAGCUGUCGUAAGACUCGAAAAUGCAAUCUUGCGACAGCUUAUUCUUUGGAAGCAAGUACUGUAGUGAUUUUUGAUGUUGGUGCAUGCCGCGUGUUGCGUUGAAAACCUGCUUCUCGUUUUAUAUUUCCGCGUUCUCUUUGUCUUCGAAAUUGAAUUGUUCUUUUUUCGGUACGAAGGUAUAGGAAUGUUUUUUUUUUUCGUCGACGUGCAAGCAACAGUUCUCUUGAUCUUGAAUUUCGAGUUGUAAUGUUUUUUCCGUCAAGCUUUCGAACGCGUUGUAUGCGUCUGUUGAAUUUUGAAACGGUGGGUGUUCUCAACAACGAAACUUUUGACGUGGU